CCUCGGGUACUUGUUAGUUGGCAUUUCAGAGUGAAACACUGACUCACGUCUGUCAAUAUGGCAAGUCUGCACACCGUGGUGGCCCUGCUGGCCGUGCUGUCCAGCGGGCUGUGUGAGGAGAAAACCUUCCUGCAGCGCGCCGGUUCGGCCUACAACAGCCGACAGUACAGAUCUCUGCUGACCGUGAACAAUGGGGAGCAGUUUGGAAACUGGACCUGGCCUGAGAUGUGUCCCAAUGAGUUCUUUGCUGUUGGCUUCAGCAUCAGGGUGGAGUCCAACCAGUACGGAGCCGACGACACCGCCCUGAACGGGAUCCGCCUCAUCUGUGCCAAGGAUGAGGACCGCAGCUUCCUGUACUCUGUUGAAUCCCACACUGGAUACUUCGGUGACUGGUCCCAGCCCCAGUACUGCCCCCGCGGGGUGCUCACCUCUUUCCAGAUCCGCGUGGAGCCCCACCUGGGUCUGUUCGGCGACGACACGACCAUGAACAACAUCAAGUUCCGCUGCAGCAGCAACCCGCUGCUGGAGGGACCCGGCAUGGAGUGGGGAGAGUACGGCCACUGGAGCCAGGAGUGCGUCAACGGAGGAAUCUGCGGCAUCGAGACCAAGAUGGAGGAGUACCAGUAUGGCCUUGACGACUCCAGCCUGAAUGAUGUGCGCUUCCACUGCUGUAACAAGCCUCAGCAGUGAUCGGAGCAUGAAGCAGACCUGAGCAGUGUGAUCCCGUCCAUCUCCACCACCCUGAGCUCAAAGAUGACUAAUAAAUAAAAAAAAGCACUCUUGAA